AUGCUAGACAAAUUGUGGGACGUGCGGCAAGCGCUGCCCGCCUAUCUUUUGACUGUCACCCUCGGACUUGCACUAUCUUGCUGCUUCACAUUAAUAUGUCCUCACUUGUGUCGACUUAUUCCAGCACUUACAACUUACGGAAAAGCUUCUGAUCAGCUGGAGGAUAACUCGAUUGUUGCCAAGAUAUCUGUACCUAAGAGAUGGUUCAAACAUUUCUACGCGUUAGGGCUGCUCACACUGUUUCUUUGUCUUCAUUGCAUUUACUCGCUGAUACAUAAUCCUAACUAUCUCCCCUCGAUUGCACUCAGAUUCCUCGCCACACUUACUCGAUCUUACAGUAUACCACCAAUUGAUCCAAGCACCGCUCUCCUCGCACUUCUUCUCAUAACAUUCCACGUGUCACGUCGUCUCUAUGAGACGGUAUUCGUCAGUGUUUACUCGGAUAGUCGGAUGAACUUGUUUCAUUAUGGCGUUGGAAUUAUUCACUAUGUCAUUUUGCCGAUUUCAAUUAUGUGUGAGACACAAGGAAUAUCGAAAAAAGUCGAGAAUUUCCACGUCUCCAUGGACAACAUCACUCUAACACAAUGGGCGGGCGCAGUGCUCUUUUGGAUUUGUAACUGGAAACAACAUCAGCUCGCCGAGCAGAUUGCGAACACUCGAAAAGGACCGAGAGGACUGAUUCGAAAUUACGCAUACGGCAUUUGCUUCGGCGGAUGGUUCAAUCUCGUGUCGUGUCCUCACUUCCUCUUUGAAAUAUGCAUUUACUUGUCUUUGUUACUUGUUAUACCAAGCGCCUACGUGUAUAGGUUCGUAACAUUGUUCGUGUGUAUCAAUCAAACAUUUGCUGCUUUAAUCACUCAUUCAUGGUAUCACAAAACAUUCCCAAAGUAUCCGAAAACUCGGAAAGCCCUCAUCCCGUACGUUCUCUGA